UUCAAAACUCAUUUUUUUAUCUUCUUUGAAUUGGCAGUUUUUUACUGCUCACUGUUCUGCAAAUUAUAAACUGCGAAUUUAACAAUAUCCUGCUGAUUUAUUUUCAUCCGAUUCGCGAUCGUUGUUUCGUAUUGGAGCUCUAUCAUGUCCCAAGCAUCGUUUACCAGCGCAGAUCGUCGAGGCACCGUUCCCCGCAUCGCCAGUAGGAUGAAGGCUGUUCUGGCUAACGGAGAGCUGAGCGACAUUGAAUUUGCCGUGGGACGUGAGCAUGGCCCGGUGAAGAUGUUUCCAGCCCACAAGUUCGCGCUGAGCAUCAGCAGCGAUGUCUUCUACACUAUGUUUCACGGGAGCUUGGCGAAACGCGACGUAACCAUCAUCCCCAUUCCGGAAAUCCUUCCCGACGCGUUUGCCAACAUGCUCAGUUAUAUCUACACUGAUGCUGUGGAGAAUCUCAAGCCCGAGAACGUCAUCCAGACUCUGUACUGCGCUGAUAAGUAUGAUUUGCCCUGGCUUGCGGACCGCUGCAUUAGCUUCGUUCUCGACCACAUCAAGCCCGAUACUUGCCUGAUGUUUCUGAAAAGUGCGCUCCGCUGGACGCCCGAUGUUGACCGGAUUGUGGAAAAAUGCCUGGAAGUUGUCGAUGCGUCCAGUGAAGCCGUGUUCCAAUCGGAUCAUUUUACCGAAAUUGGACUCAAGACGCUGGAGAUGGUUUUGCAACGAGAUACACUGUCAGCUGAUGAGAAUGUCGUCUACACAGCGGUGGAAAAAUGGGCGGAGGCUGCCUGCACUCGUCAGAAACUGUCUCCUUCCACGGCUAAUCGCCGAAAAAUGCUGGGCGCCGCUCUGUUCCUGGUUCGCUUUCCGCUGCUAACGGAUGAACAACUGGCUAAGGGACAGGAGAAGAGUCGUAUGCUGUAUCCGGAAGAGGUGUGCAAAAUUUUCCUGUACAAACACGCUGGAACCAAAGAAGGGCUAAAGUUUCCCAUGGAACCUCGAAAGCAUCUGACAUACCGCGUGGCGAAGUGUACGUAUAAGCCGAAGGAAAAGGUUUUCAUUGCCUACACGAACGGCUAUUGGCAUCCGGCAGCGGUUUUCAAAGAGAAUGGGGUGGAUCCGUACCCUCCAUUUGGUGUGGAUAUGGAGGUGCCAGAAGGAAAGUUUUCUUCGCCAACAGCUAUCGUUCGGGCUGCGGAUAUUCUGGAUCGUGGUCUGCUAGUGUCUGCCUACAUUAACGGGGAUUAUCAGGAAGCGACAUAUGGCUCACAACGCGCUAGCGUGCACACUGUUGUUGUCGACGGCCGAGAACAUCAUGUGGACUUUAUGCAACUAAAGAUUGCGGGCAACCAGGUUGACAAAUGGAAGGCAAUUACAAGUAUAUCGGGCCACUUGAGACUUUCGAUAUGACCGUAUUCGGUAGAUAAGUGAAAUCUUAAUAAGUGGAAAAAGACGCGAUGCGAAUGAUGUUUGAUGGACAGCUAUAUGGCUUGCGGAAACUGACUUUUUCUCUUUUUUGAUAUGUUUUCAGUUGAUAUGAUAUUCACCUGCUGUAGUGUAGUAUUCACGAGUUUCGGUAUUUUGUACUUUCUGCUUCUCUGAUACUUUUGGCUCUUCCUAACAACUUCUGCUGUUUCUGUCUUGUUUCUGCAGCUACGAUUCUUUCCUGUUCAGUUGCGUUCGCGG